CGUAAGAAAUAAAGCAUAUGGCAACAAAACGUGCAUCAGUACUGUGUCAUCUAGAAACAGCCAUCGUCUUCCCAUUGCGGCGCUUUCCUCUUCCUAACAUGGCUUGGAAGCAUAGCCAACCUAGAACGACGUAUAAAUAUGACUAGUUUAAUUCAAGAGAUUGAAAAUGGAUGAGAGAGGGCCGUCUGGAAAGAUUCAUCUUUCGCCGCUCAACUUGGAGUUCACCGCUCCAGCUGGUAGUCGGCUACACAGCGAUCAAACUCUCGCUAGAUAUCACUCUAGCUCCACACUAGACUCAGAGGAAGUCGAUAAUGCUUUUGCACUGGAAGGACGAUUCCAGCACGUUGGCCAGAAGACUUGCAUGUGCUCCAUUGGCCCAGAGGAAGGCAGUUUGUUCGGCCAUUUCGAGGCUGGCGCUUUGUUGUGUUCAAAUGUGCGCCAAAUAGAUCAAGAAAUGCAUCAACGCAUUGGUUUGGUGUUGAUGAAGGAUUGUUUGGUACGACUGCGAUCUUCCUGUGCCCUCAUUACUGACUUAGAAAAAACAACAGAAAGCUAUGUUGCUUACUUGAAAGAUUUGCGUUUACGUAGGCCCGAGAAAACCAAAGAGUUUAUUUUCAAAGGCGGCCGUUUCCAAGAGCUGUGCCAAGAAGCGAGGACACAUCUCACAUUCUGGUCUAUUUUUCGCGAACGAUUUUCUGCGGAACCUAAAAUAAGAUCAGCAUUGCUUAAGAUGCAAGAGCACUUUGGAUACAUCCACGCUGCACUGGGUCGUGGUAUACUUGGUUUAACAGCGUGGCUAGGAAGUAUUUUAUUUUGUGUUUUACAAAUUGCCCACCAUCUACAAUGGCGACUCACAAAGAACCUUUACCGGGAUAUAUCAACUGCCAUUGAAGACUUCAAUCGACUGUGCGAAUACAGCAACGACGUGCUACAAGAUAAUGAGAUUAUUUGUAAUCUAGAACAAUUUGAGGAUUUCGAGCAUUCCUUGGUGUGCGAAAAAUAUGGUAUUUGCGCACCUAUGACUGUCAACAAGAAUGCAUUGUCGGGCAGGAACAUUUGUCCCAUUACACUAAAUAAACUUCUUAAUGAAAUUGCAGAUGGAAGGGCAUGCACUCUUGCUGGUCUCGUAUCGGAGUUCUUGUGUCAACACGAAGAGAUUAGGAGAGGUCUUGAAGCCGAUUUGACUUCUAAAUGGGAAUGGGAGGAUUUAAACUUGACGGCCACACAUAGGCAUGACCCUAAGGUGUCAAAUACAAGCUCACUGCCUAAUGGUAUAAUAACAGUGAUGAGCAAGGCCAAUACACCUGUUAUAAACCUCCCAAAAGAAUCCCCAAUUUUGACAUUCGACUCUAUUGAGCAUAAAUUCAUUGUUCAAUUAAUGGUGCAUUUGGCUACUUCCACUACUCUGAUGGUAUCUAAUACUGCCGAUAGACGGCUAUUUAUGCACAGAAGCCUACCACAGCAGGGUCUGUGUAGUGAUAACUGUAAUGAGCAAGGUGUUGAUGACCAAGGUGUGACAUCACAGGGUGACCAAGAGAGUAAUCAUGGUAUCUUGAAGCACUCCAAUUCUGUCACCUCCCCUAGACAGAACAAACGAGUACAGUGGCACGAAUCACUAGACAUUGAUACGAAGGCACAAAUUUCUUCAUAUUACAUGGAUAGACUUUGGGAUCAUUUGGGCCCAGCAUUGUGUAAUCUGCUCCAUGGCUUACGAAGGAGAAGAAAUACCUAUAACCCAUUAGGGUCUGUCAUUUUAUGGCCUAACUCCCUGGUAUUGGUAGCUUUGUCCUUGCUAGAGUCACUGCAUAAAUCAGGAUCAUUGCCCCAAAGUGGCACUGUUGCCCUGCAGCUAGUCAGCAGAGAUUUACACAGUCAUUUGUCAAGAUUGACAUGGGACUUGGGGUUUUGUGAUCUUCUUGGCACAAGCCUAAAAGACAAGUGCAUCCCAGAUGAGAAUACCAAGCCAGGGUACUUAUCCAGCAAAACUCUAUCGAAACUAGCGGCACUCCUCCAACCAUUAAAGAGUAUGUUUGACUGCUCAUACUACUGGAAGGACCGUCUUUCCAACCAUGACACUUUCCGCAGCCACUCCCUGGCCCUCAUCCCACUGGUAACACGUCUGCAGUCAGUACUCUCAUUUAGCACGAACUGGAUAGACAGUAAGCUCUAUCAUUUGCUUUCCUCCUGGUCAUUGACAUCAUACUUUACGGUACUGCACUGGGACCUGCCACUGUUUCUGGACAUGGCAAGUAAGACAGUCUCUGCUGUUAAGCCACUAUGUCUGGGCCAAGGAGGGAAUCUGUCCUGGGGGUCACUGCCUAUCCUGCUUGAGGAACUACAAGGCAGUUUGCUACGGCUAGAGAGCAUAUCCAAGAAGUAUGAAUCCUUGUUCAGUGGGGACCUCGCUAAGAUGUCAAAGGAAUUCUUUCAAGAGGCUAUGCCUAUCGGACGAAGCUGGAAGAAGAGCCGGCAUUCAGGAGUACCAUGCCAGCCGAACUCCUAUGUGGAGCAUGCAGUGAUGCAGAUACUUGAGCCAGUAUUCCGCAGUAGUGCCCAUCUAAGAGAGGAGUCUAAGAUGUCGCUCAUGAUCCAAGCCACUGUUACCAUGAUGGACACUUGGAGCCGACACAUCCUAAACUCUGAGAUUGUCUUCAGCUAUUUCGGGGCGCAGCAAUUGCAGCUAGACUUCAGCUAUGUAAAGUACUGGAUCUCCUCAGAUGCCAGUGGCCUCGAGGAGGAUGCCAAGAGUGAGCUGCUGAGCCUGGACUCAUUCCGCCAUCUCGACGCCGCCAUUCAGUUGCUCAUGCUGCAACCCAAGAAGAAGAAGCAAAGCGAUGAGCUGGACGUGGAGCUGGAGUCUAACAUCAGUGCUGUCAGCACCAGCUCGGUGCUCUCCUCCCUAUCCGGGGUAGACGCGGACACAUUCAUGACAGACGUGUUGAUGGACAAGACCAUCCCUAAUAAGCAGAAGUGGUUGGACCUACGGCUAAGAGGUGGCAAGUCUAAGAAGGGGCUGUUGCCUUUUUGUCUCAAGGUGCAAGAGAUGGACUAAGGAAUGGCAAGGAGUAGCAAGUCCAACAAAAGGCUGUUGCCUUUUUGUCUCAAGGUACAAGAGAUGGCAUAAGGAAUGAGCCUCGAUGAUGGAAGCAGCCACUGACGAAAUGAUGGAAAUGAAUAUAUCCACUCUAUUCUAGAGAAACAUCUUGCAUCUAAAUGUCUAGAUACAUGUUUAAAACAGAUGAUGAUCCCUCGAAAUCUGCGUUUGACAAUUUCACAAACUGCCUUUUAUCAGAAAAGUAAAGCUAUAGCCGCACUAGUUUGAGCUCUCGCGCGAUCGACGAAGAGAAAAUGCCAUAUUCAAGGAUUCGCAACUUUCGGGGGUACAUUACACGGUUGGUGUUGCCAAUUCUUCAUAUUUUCUGGUAUCGUCGCGUUCAUCGAUAUCUUCUGACACCCAAGGGUGCCUGUAACUUGCUUUUCUACUGUCUUGGACGUCACUGGCGAAGUUUACUAACCAACGACUCAAGACAAUACCAUGAAUUAAAUAUUGCACUUCAGAGAAUUUAAAAUAUUUUAAGAAGCUGGUCCAUGUUGUUGCCCGUCGUCCGGUUCGUGUAGGGAUGCAAACAACCUUGACCAAAAACUCUAGUUGUCAGCCUCUUGCGGAGAUUAAUCAUCUUAAAUUAUAAAAUAUAUAUAACUAUAAUAUGUUGAGGCUGCAGAGGCAUUUUCCCUUAUCCAGCACUCCAUUUAUAGUUUGGGGAUGUGUAGUUCUAGAAAAUAUCCAUACCCCACCCCCUCCCCCCGGAAUUUCCAAUCCCCUCAAUGGGGUAAAACGCCUAGGAAUUUCCAGAGGGGAGGGGGGAGUGGUAUAAUGCCCCUUUUCCUUAACAUUUACUGUAUUUAUUUUUUUCCAGAGGGGUGGGGGGUCAUACCUCUAAUAUGGAUAUUAUCUGGAACUACACAAUCAUGUAAAAUGUAGCUGUUGAUAAGGGUCAUUUUCACGGAAAGGCAAAAACUAGUGUGACCGUUAGUGAUAUAGAAUUCUUAAAACCGUAUUGAAAGAUAAGAGUAUACAUGGGAUAAUUUAUUUUGUGGAGUUUAACCUACCCAGCAUUUCUGAGAAUUGUUGGAGUGGGCAGACUGGGCCGGUGCUGGAAGGAUUAGAUUAAUCCACUGUAUCUAAAGGUCAUUUACGCCCUGCGCCAUUGAAAAGUCACUAUUUAAGGUAUAGCACAAAAGCGAUAUAAGAGCGGAUAGAGAAAGGUCGAGAAUAGCAUUUUUAAAUGAAACAAAACUCGUAAACAAAAAUGAUUUUCAUAUUUAAAGAGGUCAUGUUAUUAUUUUCUUACACGUUCAAAAGCUGAAGUAGUUUCUACGAAUCGAUCUUAAAAUUGGAUUUUACUAUAGUUAUAUAAAGGCUAAUUUCAGAGCAAAUAAUAUUUAUUUUAGAGUAGUAGGCUGGAGUGUUCCUAUUUUUGCUUUGUUCUAGCUGAAAAUUCCAAAGAAUGUUGUAUCGGCACAGUUACAAACAGUUAACAGUUUAAAAAUAUUGCUUGGUACAGUGAAUAAAACCUGUAUUGAAAAAUGUCUUAAUAAAUGGUGUGCUGUCUU